ACAAGUACCAACAUACCGACGAACAUACCUCCUCCUCGACAAAUUCUUGGCUAUCGCAAUCCUCUCUGUAAUCGCCUUUUCCCAAAAAAAUCCCAUCCACCCAUAAAAUCCCAUAUUGAAUUCAAUUAAUCCAUCUUCUUCUUCCUUCAAAACCCUUAAAUCUCUUAUUCCUCAUCUUCCAAACCAAACAGUUAUGUCAGGAAGCGGCGUCGUAACCCUUUAUGGAAACGGGGCUAUUACGGAAACCACAACAAAUACCAAAUCCCCAUUUUCCGUCAAAGUAGGUCUUGCCCAAAUGCUUCGGGGCGGAGUUAUCAUGGAUGUUGUCAACGCAGAACAAGCCCGAAUCGCUGAAGAAGCUGGUGCAUGUGCUGUUAUGGCACUUGAACGUGUUCCAGCGGAUAUCCGUGCUCAAGGCGGUGUUGCCCGUAUGUCUGACCCGCAACUAAUCAAAGAAAUCAAACGGGCUGUUACCAUUCCCGUUAUGGCGAAAGCCCGAAUUGGCCAUUUUGUUGAAGCCCAAAUACUUGAAGCAAUUGGGGUUGAUUAUGUUGAUGAAUCCGAGGUUUUAACCUUAGCUGAUGAUGAGAAUCAUAUUAAUAAACAUAAUUUUCAGAUUCCGUUUGUUUGUGGAUGUAGGAAUUUGGGUGAAGCAUUAAGAAGGAUCCGAGAAGGGGCUGCUAUGAUUCGGACCAAGGGUGAAGCAGGCACGGGUAAUAUAAUUGAAGCAGUAAGACAUGUAAGAUCUGUAAUGGGUGAUAUUCGGGUUCUUCGUAACAUGGAUGAUGAUGAAGUUUUUACAUUUGCUAAAAAUAUUUCUGCUCCUUAUGAUUUAGUGAUGCAAACUAAGCAACUUGGUAGGCUUCCUGUUGUGCAUUUUGCUGCUGGUGGGGUGGCAACACCAGCCGAUGCGGCAUUGAUGAUGCAAUUGGGCUGUGAUGGAGUGUUUGUCGGGUCGGGUGUGUUUAAAAGUGGGGAUCCUAGUAGAAGGGCAAGAGCAAUUGUGCGGGCGGUUACACAUUAUAGUGACCCAGAGAUGCUGGCUGAGGUUAGUUGUGGAUUAGGGGAAGCUAUGGUUGGGAUUAACUUGAAUGAUGAGAAGGUCGAGAGGUAUGCUACUCGCUCUGAGUGAGUGAGUGAGUGAUGGUGUAGGACUUCUAUAAGGCCUCAAAUUUAGUUUACAUUUCUUUUUAUUAUAGUUUUGUUGCUUGCUCUGAUUAGUGAUCAUGGAAUAAUAUUUAAGAACUAUGUGGGAAUGAUUAUUUUGUGUUUGAAAUUUAUAUUUAUUUCUAUAUAGUAGAAAAAACAAUGAAAAACAUAUGAUGAUGUGUUUAAUAAUUUUCUAAUAAAUGAAUUGGUUUUAAUCUAAUUUAAUGUUU